CCAAGAUGGCUGCCGGGCGAUAGUACUUCCGCAUCGUCUCUAUGGUGCUAGGAGUGUGUACCAGGAAGUGAAGUCAGUAAACACUAGCCGGCUGUCUCCGUGGCAGCCGGGGUCGGAGGAGGGAAGUGGAUCGUUUCGGACAGCUGUGAGAUCAGCAAUGGCCAAAGACUCGCUAUCCGACGCUGGGUUGCACUUUGAUGAGCUCAACAAGCUCCGCAUCUUGGAUCCGGAUGUCUCUCAGCAAACCACAGAGCUGAAAGAGGAAUGCAGGGAAUUUGUAGAAAAAAUAGAUGAUUUUCAGAAAAUAGUAGGCGGUUUAAUAGAACUUGUGGACCAGCUGGCUAAAGAAACGGAGAAUGAAAAGAUGAAGGCCAUCGGAGCUCGUAAUCUGUUAAAAUCCAUCGCUAAGCAGCGAGAAGCACAGCAACAGCAGCUGCAGGCAUUGAUAGCAGAGAAAAAGAUGCAGCUAGAAAGGUAUCGAAUAGAAUAUGAGGCUCUAUGCAAAGUAGAAGCAGAGCAGAACGAGUUCAUCGACCAAUUCAUCCUGCAGAAGUAAUGUUUAGGACAUCUCAUGAUAUUCUCUACUGGACACAUAUUGGACACUGACUGUUUCUCCCAGACACUUUGCCGUUGCCAUUCCUCCCCUUACGGGGGCAAAUUUAUUAAAAGGCCCUUCAGACUCCAUAACUGGGAACCUCUUGUAGGGACCAAUUUACAUUCAAUUAACUCUCCAUGGACAUUCAUCUCUGAAAAAUAGCAAAUAUGUUGCAGAAUUGAUUUUACACAAAUGCUCUUUUUUGACCAUGAAAGUGAGCACAUGGUAUUUCAUUCUCUACUUUGGCUCUUGUAGUAUUAGGGGAGCCCGACACGUGUGAUAAUAACACACAAAGCAGUCAUGUUAUAAAAUACUAAAAUAAUUGGAACCUGCCUAAGGCAGGAUUUAUACAGGUCACUAAUCCCCUUCCCAGACCUUGCAUUUGCCGACCAUCCAUUUCCUGUCCUAGGAAAAGAAAUCCCUAAAAUGGGGAGACCCAUCCUAAUCGCCGCAGUGGUCGAAUGUGAAAACCUUUCUGGCAGCCGGGUAAUAUUCAGAUGCCUGUGAUCGGACUGUCGCUGUCAGAUUGGGAGGCAAAUCAGGAUAUGUAUUUAUUAACAUGAAGCUUUAUUGUAGAUUCCAAUAACUGUAGGUUAUGUACAGUACUGUAUGUGACAUUUCAUUGCCUUUAUGUACAUGCAUUUCAUACAGCAGACACACAGAAACAUUGGGGGUCAUUUAUUAAGACCAGCGUUUUAGACAAUCUACCGCCCACAGCCUCUACAUAACUUUGGCGCAUCCACCGUCAAUCUAAAUGUAACACAGUUUCCUCGCUGACUUAAAUUCAGACUAUUUUCUAUACCUAAAGCAGGCGUAGAAAAUGAUGAAUGAGACGGGGCCCCCCUUCCCCGCCCACAGCAAGCCCCCUCUUUUAGACCUGGCGUGAGCGGGGAAGAGUUGCAGAUUGAGGCGCAAAUACCCUAAAAAAAUCACUUUGGUGCCUGUGGCUACUUAGUCUUAACAAUUUAGGAGCCGCGUUGUAUUGUUAGGUCACACUGGUGACCAAUUUAGUUGCCAUCUGGAUUCCUGUUCAUGUGUUCCAGUGCACAGUAAUGUUUCAGGUACACUAUGCGGUGCAGGACCCUUCAUCUAUACACAUUUGUAUUCCUUGGCUGAAGGGUUUAGAUUAGGUCACAGAUGUAGUAAGUUUGAUUAACUACUUCAUAUACCGUUGAAUCAGCAUGAAGGGCCACAUAACACAUAGCGGAAUUGCCUGGUGUGAGGCUGACCUGCAAUACCAAAUACCACCCACGGACAACAGUGGCACUGUUUUUCAUAUAUCAUUUCAUAUAUUAUUUAUAUUUCAAGGCAACAGGGGGUAAAUCCGACUGAAUACACAAGUGAAAUAUUACCCUGUGUACCAUUGUUCUUGUUUCAUUCCUCUUUUUCAUACAUGUAGUGUACUGCUUUUGGAGUUAUGAUGUUAGGCUCCAUUCACACGUCCGCAAAAUGGAUCCGCAUCCGUUCCGCAAUUUUGCGGAAAGGGUGCGGACCCAUUCAUUCUCUAUGGGGAUGGAAUGUGCUGUCCGCAU